CGAUGUCGGAGCGUAACCACAGAGAACAGAGUUGUUGUAGAUUUUCCUGAUGUCAUACGUCUAGCGAAUGUUGUCUGCGCGAUCGAUAAUACAAAUUGGUUUUCGGAGUUUGGGGAGGUCAUAUUGUCUUUGAGCCUUUAAUGGACGUUGAGGGUUGGUGUGGAAGGUAUUGAAAGUAACUAGAAAAGUGCAAUAAUGGAUACGACCGGUGCGUACGGCGGUGGGAAAGCUGGGGGUGCGUUCGACCCUCAGGCCUUCAUUCAGAGACCCCCUGUAAUCGUCAGGGCGGUUUGUUGGCUCUUCAGCGUGAUCGUAAUGGGCUGCAUAUCAGCCAAGGGCUGGUACAUCAGCAAGAAGGACGGCAAAGAGUACUGCGCCUACAACGACGACACCAACGCGUGCAACUAUGGCGUCGGCAUCUCCGUGAUCGCGUUCAUCGCCUCCAUCGGGUUCAUUGUUGGAGAAUACCUCUUUGAGCAGAUGUCGUCGGUCAAGACUAGGAAGCAUUAUGUGCUUGCGGAUAUGGGUUUCUCUGCUUUCUGGGCAUUCCUGUACUUCGUCGGCUUCUGCUAUCUGGCCAAUGCAUGGGGCAAGACCGACGACCCGCCAAUAGGGACUGCCAACAACAUGCAGGGAGCUAUCGCCUUCUGCUUCUUCUCAAUCUUUGCCUGGGUGGGCUGCGCGUUCUUCGCGUUCCAACGCUUCCGUGUAGGCGCGGACUCGGCCUUCGCGCCGGCGUACGAGGUGGAGGGCGCCGUGGGCAGCCCGGGCGGCUUCCCCGCCUACCCCGGCGCGCCCGACCCGCAGCCCGCCUACAGCGAGCCGCCGUUCUCGCAGCGAGACCAAGGAAACAUGGACUAUACUGCCCCGACCUACUAAAGCCUGCGGUUCGCUCUUGCACUUCUUAUUUUACUAUCGACGCUGCAGUUACCUACUCACUUUACUUUUUCCAAGCUAGAUCAAAGAAAAGUGAAAAGUACGUACAGUCUCAUCCGAGUUACAGAAAAUAUCUGCGAUACACACUUCAAACACGACUCUACUGUACAGCUAACGCUGCGUCUUACGUAAGCGAACAACUCGCGAACGAGACGCGACGCGGCACGGCGGGCCCAAGGCGUUCGCGUUCGCAACGUGAUCGCCCACGUAGGACACUUCUAUAGGUAUCAAAGGCUUGAUUCACCCCGCGCCGCAUCGCUUCGCUUCGCGUUCGCGUGUUGUUCGCCUACGUAGUACGCUGCGUAAGUAGCAGUGGCGUAGCUAGGCGUCGGUGAAGUGGGCCAUCGCCCACGGCCUCGCACUAGGGGGCCUCGCGGAAGCCAACCCUAUUUAUUAUCUUGGGAAUACACAUUGAAAGAAAAGGGCCGCGCAGAUGCGACAUCGCCCACGGCUAGAUUAGUUCACACUACGCCACGGCUAAGCAGCUUUAUGAGUCUGACUGUACGGCCAAUAAAUAUUUGGAUUAUAUAGGCUCUAAAAAUAUCGAAACACGAUUGACAAGGCGUGUUUAGAUAUUUUUGAAGCACCAAUGCCUAUCUGGGAUUUGAAUGUAAGUCUUACAUCUAUUGUGGCGUCAAAGACAUGUGCGUUACAUUUUGGUGCCCGACUUUGAUCUGAAGUUGGUUACUUAAUGCGGUCGUCCACCAUUUUAACACGUCCAUCUUUUUUUUAUUGCAUUCUGAUUUAAGUAUUACGUUAAUUUGGUGUUCUCGAAUAUUUUCUCCUGAAUUUGUUUUUAUUAUUUAUUUAUAAAUAUUUCUAAGAAAUAAAUAGUAUACCUAACAUAUAUGAACCAUACAUAUAUCGCUUCACAGUACCUGCUUGUAGGUAUGUAUAUGUACGACAAUAUUAACCAAUUAUUUAUGUAUUGUAAAAUACCCUAUAUAUAUGUGUAAAUAACAAAACUUGAAUACCUAUACAAAAUCCGCGGCUAGUGAUAUCAUGGAAGGUCCAUGUUAAUUCGUAAUAUAUUGGUUUCUAAUUAUGCCUUUACAACGCAGGAAAGGGACUCUAUUGGCAUUCCUUUCGCACAACCGUUAAGUUUGACCAAUGUGACAUUUAAAUUUAGACCAUAUUUGUGUUUUAUUGUGAUACUAUUUUUGUGUAUUCUUUUAUUUUAAUUUUAAUGCCUCAUUCGUUUACAUCGUGCCAUGUCUAUUAGCUUUAUUGAGUAAUAAUGCUUUUUUUUUUAUUUUUAGUCAUAAACAUUUGACUUUUAUUCGAUUAAAAAUGAGGUAAAGGUAAAAAGGACAUUCCCGUCAACGAAAUUUUAUUUAACACUUUUGAAGUGUAAAAUUUAGAUCUGAUAGGAAUAAAUAAAUGCAAAAAUAAUUAUCAAGUGCAUUUUUAUAAUUAAUAAAAUAAUCAAGCUUGCAAACUUAUUAACAAAAGAUAUGCUACAUAACAUAAGUAGGUAAAUUGAUCUUAUAAUGGCAUAUCGAUGUACCCUAUAUAUUUUAUUUAAUCAUACAUUUUAAGUAUAGUAUAUUAGGUUAUUUGCAUCCAUAAUUCAAAAUAUACACUCACUUUAUAUUUUCAAUAAUUGGCAACAUUGCUUGAGUCAUGUCAUGGUGUUUUAAAAUUAAAAUGAGUCACAUUUUGAUCUGCAACAGUAUUAUAUACAUAAACAUAUAAAUGUUAAGCGCUUAAUUCAAAUACAUAGUAUUUUUUUAAAGAUGAUAUUUAGAAUAAUGCUAUCUCAGUAGUGUGUUUAGGCAAUUAUAAAUCAUUAUUCUGGUAAUAAAACGUGUUAAAAAAGAAAAUUAGGUAAUCUAAGGGUAAUGCUAUUCUAUUGUGAGUCAUAAUUCUUCUUAUUACGUGCAUGUAAGGUAAAACUAUCAAAAAAUAAAAUAAACCAAAGACGAGUGAAACUUAAUGAGAAGUAAUCCACGUACAAAGUUGUUUAUCUCCAAAAGUAUCAAUAGAUGGCGGUACUUUUGAACGAGUUGUCUCAUAUAUUAUUAUGUAUUGUAUAAUACCGUAUACCGUUGUACCGCCAUCUAUUGACACUUUUGAUUAUAAUGCUAUUAAAAUCUUAGGUACUCAUACAACUUUGUAAGUUUUUACUUGAUGGAUGAUUGGGGAUUCUUUAUUACGAAGUAACCUACAUUUGUAUGCAUUAACAGUAUUAUACUCGUCUUUGAAAGUAAUUGUGUUACUCUUGAUUCUAAACUGUAGAAAUAGACAAGUAUGGUAUGUGUGUUAGUUCCACUGCCCGCCGCAGCGUACGGCGGCGCUAGUAUCGGAGUAUAUACGGGUUGAAUGUUGUCGCUAUAGAUCCUAUUUCCAAGUAUUUAUGUAAAGACCUUAAAGUCUAGGCGAGCUAAGAUUAAGUACAAAAUGAAUCCAGAAUUUUGAUUAUAACUGCCCGUUUUAGUCGGCUUAGGGUUUACCAAACAUCCAUUACAUCUCGAAUGGGAUUCAUAUAAACCGGACGAAAAACUCUGGGUUCUGCCCCAAAAAUUUGGCAGUAACUACGAUUCUUAUAUCCCAAAAAAGUACACUUCUCAAUCAUGUAAAAAUAGGCGGAUUUGAACUUGGUGUUUUUGGUAAACUGGCAGCUGUUUUGUCACUUCCAUAGCUUGCACUGUUACUUGUAAAAAAAAGUCUUAGCAAUAAAUUUUUGUCACUAUAGCUUGGGUGUACUCAUCUACAAUGUACGGUGUUGUUACCUACGCUUCGCUUUCAUGGUGCAGUCAGCUUCAACAAGAUAGUGACGGCCAAAGGGGCCAAAUAUAUCCACAUACACAUCCACACAAUAACACAACACACACAUAACACACACACAUAAUAUACAUCCACAUCCACAUAAUAUAUACACAUCCUUAUUUUUAUGGCAACUAAGGUGUGUUACCAUAUAUAUGGCCACUUUAGCCGUCGCUAUAGAUAUGCUGACUAUAAUAGAGUACAUCUAAUCUAUGUAUAGAGUUUUAACCAUAUCAGUCAGGUAUGUAAGGGCAUAAGUAGGUUAGUUUAGUAUUAAUUCUAAGGCGAAAUAUGGAGUUUUAAUAUGUACUUUUUCUCCGUUUUCGACCUUAAUGCACUGGCAAUAAAAAUGAAGGUAGUUUUUACCUGUUCCAGUAACAUUUCAGUGAAUUCUCAUUAGGGACACUUACAUUUGAUUUUUUACUUUGUUUUUAUUAUAUCAAUACAGAAAUGCCCGGUUGGGGGCCAAAAGUUACAAAAAGCAUCAAGAAAAAAACCUUAAAUAUGUUUUUUAUUUUUAACAAGCAGAAACGUCUGCGAACGAUGCUAUUAAGCUUAGA